AUGGCUAUAUGCCUAAUAGCCUUGUAUAGAUUAAUUCAGCAAAUGGAGAACACGAUGAUUGUACCAAAAUUCGCAUUACUUAUAUACUUGCAAAGCAGAAAAAAUAGUCAGGAGAUUCUCUGUGUGGUUUGUCCCAAAAUGAAUGCUCAUUACUCCUUGCUCAGUCUCAUGCCCAGAAAUUAUUGCACACAAAGGAGGUUUAAGCUUAGUUUUUCAUCUGGGAUUUUUGCAAAUUCAAGCGCAGUUGCAAACUCAUUAAGAUCCUCGGAGGAGAGGGUGUAUGAAGUGGUGCUGAAGCAAGCAGCUCUGGUGAGAAAGCAGAGGAGAGAGAGCGCAUUGGAUCUGAAAAAACCAACUGAGAGUGAUUGGAAUCGUUUGAAUGAAGCUUAUGAAAGGUGUAGAGAGGUCUGUACCGAGUACGGCAACACAUUUUACUUGGUUACAUUACUCAUGACGCCAGAACUACGAAGAGCCUUUUGGGCGAUUAGAGUGUGGUGCAGAAGGACUGACGAGCUUGUGGAUGGGCCUAAUGCUACAUACAUCACACCCAAGGAUCUAGAAAGAUGGGAGAAAAUAUUAACUGAUCUUUUUGAAGGUCGACCUUCUGAUGUGUAUGAUGUUGCCCUAUCUGAUACUGUCUCAAAGUACCCUAUUGAUAUACAGCUCUUCAAAGACAUGAUAGAAGGAAUGAAGUUAGACUUGAGAAAAUCAAGAUACGAGAACUUCGAUGAGCUCUACCUUUACUGCUACUGUGUUGCCGGGACUGUGGGGCUUAUGAGUGUUCCAGUGAUGGGGAUAGCACCAGAAUCAAAGGCUUCAAUAGAGAGUGUUUACAAUGCUGCACUAGCCCUUGGAAUUGCUAAUCAACUCACCAACAUACUCAGAGAUGUUGGAGAAGAUGCUAGUAGAGGAAGAAUUUAUCUCCCACAAGAUGAACUAGCACAAGCUGGCUUGUCAGAUGAUGACGUAUUUCGUGGGAAAGUGACCAAUAAAUGGCGUAGUUUCAUGAAGGGCCAGAUAAAGCGAGCAAGGAUGUUCUAUGAUGAAGCAGAGAAGGGGGUUUCAGAGCUCAACUUAACUAGUAGAUGGGGAGUAUGGGCAUCGUUGUUGUUGUACCGACAGAUUUUAGAUGCCAUUGAAGCUAAUGAUUACAACAACUUCACAAAGCGGGCUUUUGUACCGAAAGCAAAGAAACUAGUAUCACUUCCGGCUGCCUAUGGCAGAGCAUUUAUGGGAAACUCAAAGUUGGCCAAGUUAAUAAUGAGAUGAACCUGAUUACCUUGGCAUAGU